UUGUGUAAGAUUCCGCCGGCGAUAUGGGGAAAAUAAAGAUUUACCAAAACAAAAUCAUUAUGGCAGAGCAAUAUCUCGAGUUGCGGAUAAAGGAAAGUUUUGAGUUCAUCUAUUUAUUACCCCAACAUCGACGAUGCCUAGAAGAACAGAGAUAAACACCAUUAAAGCACCUUCAAACAUUUUAGCAGUUAAUGUGCCGGCGAACAGGGGAAAAGUUUACGGUCGAACCGGAGUGCAUUUAAGGGAACGAAAGCAUUGAAGAGGAAAAGGUAAAACUUGCCCUUCUCUAACUGAUUAUGUUCGAAUUAUGUGUUAAUGCAAAUGAUAGUCGGUAACGGUUAUUACUGGGUUUUGGCAGGUACAAAAUGGCUAUGAUUGUGCGUCUGGUCAGAGGAGAGUGGAAAAAGGAUGAAGACGGGUGCUACGAGCAUGUGUCAGCGUUAGAGGGUUUUACCCUGGCGGUGCGAUUGAGAGAAAAGGACGGGUAUGAGCAAGCUGUUAACGCGGUAAAACAACGGCUAGGGCUCCGGGAUGAUGACGAUGUAGUACUGAGCUAUCAAUGGCCGCAGUGGAUGAUGGGUCCGGAGUGGAAAAGAGCUAAUCCGAUAUACAUCAUGGAUGAUGAGGACAUGACUCUGUUCAUGGCGAUAAGAGCCGAUCUAGAGGAAGUACAUCUCCGUGUGAAGGGAGUGAAAGGAGGUAAUCAGAGAAACGUAAAUUCUUACACGAGCCACAUGGAUUUGGGAGGGCUGACUUCGGAGGAAAUAUCCGAUAAGUACUGGAAUAACGCAGAAACGAGAGCCGUAUGGGAUAGCGCGCUAACACGGUUGUUAACACGGACUGCGGGUGAUACAAGCCACGAUAAAGCCGGAGACCCAGAAGCGAUGUUUGGAGUACAAGGAGGCUCAAGAUCGAUAAACACCGAAGGAGGGAUAAGGAUAGAGGAGCCAAUAAACGCAACCCCAGUUAGAGCGUCUAUACCGACGAUACCCGUUAACUCUGGACAAAGACGGGCAACAGCUGCAGAGAAAGGUAAAGAACAUGUUACCGAUGGAACAAUCAGUGGCAUGCAAAACGGGCGGCAAGAUAAAAGCAAACACCCAGCUGGACUUCAAUCCACUGCUGACGUCGAGUUUGAAAUGUUUAGAAGAAACUAUGUUGCAGAAAUGUGGAGGGAUGUUUGUGCUACAGAAAUGACGCUCGGUGGGCUACAAGGGGUGACACCACCGUCUAAUCCGGGGCAAAAGAUAGCAAGGGCGUUGGAUUUUGGGCCAAGAGAGGAGGAACGUGAAGCUAUUGAAGACGAUGGUCUCCGCCUAACACUGGCAGGAAAGGGAAUUGGAACUCAUAAACCAACUAUUUUAACGUUGUCAUCAACUGAUUCAUCUUGCGGGACGCCUUCCACAGAAUCAACAAGCAUAUCAUUCUCAACGGAAGACCUAAUGGAUGAUUCCAUUGAUAUUAAUUCGCCUACCGGGGUAAUAGGUACGUUAGCGAGUAAAGCAAAUGUCUUUGUCUAUGACCGGUAACUAUAUUGAUACAAACCUUUUAUUUACAGAUGGCCCAACGAGUGAGGAGUAUCAUACAGACCCAGAUGGACCAUUGUGUAUAUCGCCAGUUGUUCCAACAAGCAUGACAAAUUGGAGGGGUGUGGUUGAAGCUAAUAAGAAGGCUGCAUUGGAAAAAGGUUCGGGAUCCAAUGAUGUUGUUCAUAGGGGGGGCUCAGAAAUGGUUGUUAGAGAGACACCAGUCCCGACGGUGUUGUAUGACAGGGAUGCACCUCCAUACUUUGAUGAUCCGGGAGAAGAAGGUAUGUGAAAAAACUGUUACCUAAAUAUUAUACGAUAAGUUAGAUAUUAUCAUGUAAAAUACUUUGAUAACUGGUAACUAAUAAGAUUCCAUUCUAAAUGGUGCACUUUUAUGUUAACAGACUAUCUCCACCGAGCACUAAAAGAUGCAGAUUACGAAGGAGAUGACAUCUUUGUUGGGAGAAUUUUUAAAAACAAAGAUGACUGCACCACCAAAUUAGCCAUCCACGCCAUGCGUCGGAAGUUUCACUUCAUUCAUGCAAAAUCGUGUCCUACCAUGGUGAUUGCAGUGUGCGUAGGGAAUACUUGUCCGUGGAGGGUAUACGCAACAAAACUAGAAGACAGUGAGAGGUUUGAAGUGCGCACAGCAAGUCUACAACACACAUGUAGUGUAGACGCCAGAGGUGAUUUCCACAAGCAAGCAUCAACAGCUCUGAUUGGGAAACUAAUGAGGACAAGAUACGUAGGCGUUGGAAGAGGUCCAAGACCUAAUGAGCUGCGAAAAAUGCUAAGACAAGAGUUCAGUUUAAAUGUUUCCUACUGGAAAGCAUGGAGAGCCAGAGAAAUUGCAAUGGACAAUGCCAUGGGAUCAGCGGCUGGAAGUUUUGCUCUGAUCCAGCCAUAUUUUAGGCUCCUGUUGCAAACAAAUCCAAAUUCACUAGUGUACUUGGAAACCGACACAGAUAACACCGAAGUUACCAGGUUCAAGUAUCUAUUCUUUGCGCUACAUGCAUCUAUUCAGGGGUAUGCAUACAUGAGAAAGGUCAUAGUUAUUGAUGGAACUCAUUUGCGGGGCCGGUAUGGAGGGUGUCUGAUAGCGGCAAGCGCCCAAGAUGCGAAUUUCCAAGUAUUCCCGCUUGCUUUUGGAAUAGUAAACAGUGAGAACGACGAUGCAUGGACUUGGUUCAUGCGUAAGUUGACCGAAGUUGUGCCGGACGAUCCAGAGUUGGUGUUCCUGUCGGACAGACACUCUUCCAUAUAUGCAAGCAUAAGAAAGGUAAAUCAAGUUAAAUAUUAUUCUGGUUAACUUUUAUAUUACCGUCCCAUAUAUGGAUGCUUUUGGCAAUGUGAUACCUGUAACCAGU